GUUUCUACAUACAUGGCUGACUUUAAGCUAAACCUGAAAAAACUUUUACUUGCAAGCCAGAGUAUAAGUUGACUUUAGAAAUGUUCAAUAUUUGGUGAUGAAAUCUCAGCAUAAAAAAAAUAAUUUGGGCCUUUGUUCCCAUCGUUGACCAAACAUUAAAAAAGUUUUAAACAUCAUCUUAUCAUUUAUUAUAAGAAAGUCUAUCCUUUCUGCAGUCACUCCUUUCAACAUUAUGGGCAGCUUGCAUAUCUUCGUUCUUUUCUUUCUCCAUUCUGUUAUUCAUACAUUAGGAAAUUGCUCAAUCUACAAGUGCAGCAGCGAUAGCAUCCCUGUUCGAUUCCCAUUCCGACUCGAAGGGCAGCAACCACAAUACUGCGGUUAUCCUGGUUUCAACCUAAGUUGCAAUAACCAGAGUGAAACAGUUCUAAAACUUCCAUAUUCUGGCGAUUUUUUUGUGCGCAGUAUUAAUUAUCUCACACAACAGAUACAACUUUAUGACUCGGAUGAUUGUCUUCCUAAGCGGCUCCUGAGCUUCAAUCUGUCAGGUUCUCCUUUUGUUGCGGCUGCUUAUCUGAACUACACCUUUCUAAGCUGUCCAACUCAGCUCAUAGAGUCUCUCUUCACUACCAUCGAUUGCCUUAGCAAUUCCACAACCUCAGUUUUAGCAACAUCUUCCAAGAGCAUUUCAAAUUCACUGUCUAUGUCCAAAUCAUGUCGGAUUAUCGUUACAUUGCCACUUCCUGUUUCAUGGCCUGUUCAAUACAAUGAAGGGUUCUCAAGUGGGCUUAAGGAAGAUCUUCGGUUAACAUGGUAUUCUCCUAAUUGUGAAGAAUGUGAAGAACGAGGUGGAAUUUGUGGAUUCAAGACAAACUCGAGUCAAGAAAUUGGUUGCUUCAAUUACUCAGAUCAAACCUUUUGACGGCUACAAAUUUCAGGUCGAUCGAGCAGUCCCCUUCAAAUUUUAAGAGUGCUGUGCUUGGCCAUUGCUAUACCCUGUAUGAUACUUGCUGCUGGGAUUGCCUCUUUCGCAUUCUUCAUUGACAGGAGACCUCGUCGCUCUACGGCUACAACUAAUCAGAACUCUGCUGCCACUGCAACAAUAUCACCACAACCAGAAACUAACAUAUCUGGAGUGGGUUUGGACGAAGCCACCAUUGAAUCCUAUGAAAAGGUAGUGAUAGGAGAAAGUAUGCGACUGCCUGCAGGGCACAGUGACAGCACCUGUGCCAUCUGCUUAUCAGAGUAUCGCAGCAAGGAGACAAUCAGAUGUAUACCAGAAUGCAAGCAUUGCUUCCAUGUAGAUUGCAUCGACGAGUGGCUAAAGAUGAAUGGUUCCUGCCCAGUUUGCAGAAACAUGCCAUCUCCUUUCCAUGUCGAAUCACUAAGUGUUUGAUACAAAACUAUUUUCUCUCCCCUUUUUGGUUGAUUACUGUGUAAAUACUUAACAGUCUAUAUUUUUUUUUUUUUCACGAGUAUCAUUAUUUUCCCUCUAUACUUAACCUCAGGUGCUUAACAGUCCAUGUUGGGCGUUAUUCAUAUUUUAUAUUAAUUAAUAAAAGUAAAAAAGUGUAGUAACUUAAUAGUUUAAUACACACUUUGUGCAGGGAAAAAUAAAGAAUAAAAAGGAAAAGAGGAGAAACAAAAAAUUCAAGAUUAUCAUUCUGCACGGAUUAAACAAACUGUCGUGACUUUAAAAAUACUUUUUGCACCAUUAUGCCGUAUAAGUUCAAUUCUGAGUAAAAACACACCGUUUCACUUCUUAAUGAAUCAAUAACAAAUUAAUACCACAAAUCUUUACAAAACUGAAUAGCAUCGUUCAUUUCUCAUUAAAGAAUUCCCCAUCUAAGGAAACCCAUUGCCAGGACCACCUCUCCCACUUACCAAUCAAUAAAAUGAAUCAUUCCUGCAAGUAUUUUCCAGUGACAAAAAUCUGGAAACUUAUGAUAUUAAUUAUAAAAUAUGCAGCAUAGGUGUACAAUAUUACAAAUUAGCAUUAAUUUUUGAAAGUAGAAAAUAUGAAAAGUCAACAAAGUUAUGACAUCAUGGAAAAUUGCGUUAUACAUUUUAAGGAAUAAGUUCCUCAACAACAAACUGUCAGAUAAACAUACUAUACGAAUUUAUUUCUUAGCAAGCAG